CCCCGCGCUCCAAGCAGGAAGAACGUUCUCUCGCAGGGGCUCACACUGUUCCAAGUUAGGAGCUUUCAGCUGCCAGCCUUGGCCCAUCAUGUAAGUGCUGCGGAGAAUUCUUUGCAGUGUUUUUGCAAAAUUACCCGAUUUCCGGACGCCUGCGGGGCCGUGCAUUCGAAGCCGCGCCGCGUGCACGGACACGCACGCUUUGGACGCAGAAAGGCUCCAAGUGCAUGAAGAUCGAGGCUUGUAUUUUGCACCUUUGUUGCAAAAGCAAGCCACUGAAGCUCCAGUUCGAGGGCGAUGGAGGGAGGGAGCGAGAAAGAAGGCAAAGUCUUUUGUGCUUCCCCUCCCCCCCAUCAAAGCAGAGGGGAAACGUCUCAGUCGAGAGGAGCGAGGAAGAAGCCGGUGCUCAAGCUUUCCAGGGAGGUGUUUGAGCAGCCUGCCCCUGCUGCUGUACCCCCAAGAGAUUUGGAUUCAAAGGCUUGUGUAACAAUCGGAGAAAAGAAAUGUGAGGUGAAGGCUGACGACCUGGAGCAGAUCUGUGAACUGGGGCGAGGGGCGUACGGAGUCGUGGACAAGAUGAGACACGUUCCCUCUGAACUCAUCAUGGCCGUGAAGAGGAUCCGGGCCACCGUCAACACUCAGGAGCAAAAGAGGCUGCUGAUGGACCUGGACAUCUCCAUGAGGACGGUGGACUGUUUUUACACCGUCACCUUCUACGGAGCUUUAUUCAGAGAGGGCGACGUUUGGAUCUGUAUGGAGCUGAUGGACACCUCCCUUGAUAAGUUCUACAAGCAGGUGAUUGAGAAGGGCAUGACCAUCCCUGAGGACAUCCUGGGGAAGAUCGCUGUCUCGAUAGUAAAAGCUCUGGAGCAUCUGCACAGCAAUCUGCAAGUCAUCCACAGAGACGUGAAGCCCUCCAACGUUCUGAUCAACACCCAGGGUCAAGUCAAGAUGUGCGACUUCGGCAUCAGCGGCUACCUGGUGGACUCGGUGGCUAAGACCAUGGAUGCUGGCUGCAAACCCUACAUGGCGCCGGAGCGGAUCAACCCUGAAACCAACCAGAAAGGCUACAACGUGAAGUCUGACAUCUGGAGUUUAGGAAUCACGAUGAUUGAACUGGCUAUCCUGCGCUUCCCGUACGACACGUGGGGGACGCCUUUUCAGCAGCUGAAGCAGGUGGUGGAAGAACCUUCACCCCAGCUUCCUGCAGACCAGUUCUCCCCUGAGUUUGUGGACUUCACUUCUCAGUGCUUAAAGAAAAACGCCAAAGAGCGUCCGACGUACACAGAACUGAUGCAACAUCCCUUCUUCACCUCCCACGAGGCCAAAGACACCGAUGUGGCUCAAUUUGUGAAAAUAAUCCUGGAGGACUGAAGUCUGCUCAGACCGGAUGGACAGACGAACGGACAGACGGAGGGAGGAAAGAUAAGCGUCCACCACACCUCAGCCCCAUUUACAUGUAGGAUCCCCUUUAACCCCAUCCCCAACCAAGACAGAGGACAAGACAGAAGAGACAUCUUCCUGUCCUGUGUGACGUGGUGGGCGGGCUCCAUCUAAUUUAAUCUGGUGUUUUUAUGCAAAACUUCCCUCUGUGUUCAGAUUGGGUGUGUGCCACCUGCUAAUGGGGUCAAACUGUGGCUGAUGGAUAAAAAGAUUUAGAAGAUAAAAAUGAUUUAAUCCUAGCUGUGUUUAAUCUAAAUGUUUGCCUACUCAGAAAUAUCGCAUCAGAUUAUUAACUGACUGCAUGUACAGAUUAUUACUGGGCCGCCUCAGAGGGUUGAUGAGGGUCAGUUCUGCAGCUCUCCUCCUAGUGGUCACUCAUAGGUACUGCACCUCCACAACUCUCCUUCCUUUAAAUUCAUCUAUUUGUUUUGGGCUCUUGGUUGUGUGUGUGUGUGUGUGUGUGUGUGUGUGUGUGUGUGUGUGUGUGUGUGUGUGUGUGUGUGUGUGUGUGUGUGUGUGUGUGUGUGUGUGUGUGUGUGUGUGUGUGUGUGUUGUAGCGGCAGGUCGAGUGUGAACUUUAGGUCCAGAUUUGAGAUUAGGAUUUUUUUCAGGACAUUUUGUCGCUUUAUCUCAGAAAAAUUCUGUUCUUCAUUUCAGCUGGUUGAACUGCAUAAAUUAAUCACAGCAAAGGAUUGUUUUUGUUUUUGUUCAUAACUUUGUUUUCCAUGGUUUUAUCUUAAGUUGUUUGAAUUUUGAAUCAAACCUAAAAUAAAAACAAACAUUUAGAGAAAGUGUUUGGUGACAAUCAGACUUUGUCGACACUAAAAACGGCCCAACACACACACAUCGCUAGUAUCUGUUAACAUGCGUUUCCAGGCUUGAUUGAGCUAGAAAUAAAAACACUGAUAGAACCCCUGGAGCUGACCAGCUUUUUAAGGGUGAAACUUUUGUAGUUUUGAUUGGAUUUUUGUAAAUAGCUUAAAAACAUCAGAGCACGAGCUCUUCCUGCUGCUGAAUAAACAUGUUUGAACUAGAAACCAAAUUUGUGAAUUUAAUUUAUUAGACACAGAUUUAUGUUUUCUGCCUACAGGAGUUUAUUUGUCACAGUUUGAGAGAAAUGAGCUCAGAAGAUAAUUACAUUCUGUUUUACAUAGUUGAUUUCAUUUUAGUUUCUCCUCCCGUGACUCUUAACCGACAAAAUCUUGACUCAUCAAAAAGUGUCUUAUUAUUUUUUGUAUUUGUAGGAAACAAUAAAUAUUUUUUUCUAUUUAAAAUGUAUUUGAACCUCUGAGUUUCUACGUUUCGAUGUUCUGAUCUAAAGGACUAUUACUGAAUUAGUUACAGCUCAUUGUCUCUGUGAUACAGUUGUUCUCAUGGGAAACAUCUGGAUGCUGCUGUGCGCCCUGCCACACACACGUAGUUUAAAGUGGUGUGUGUGCGUGUGUGUGUGUGUGUGUGUGUGUGUGUGUGUGUGUGUUGUGGAAGACGUCGGUCUGGAGCCAUCUUGCUUUGUGUUCUGAGCCAACCACCACCCUGUAACUCCACGUUCUUCAUGAAAUAAACAGGACAUCAGUUGUGUUAAUAAUA